AAAAACAUGAACGUAAACAGCAUGACCAGGUGUGAGGCUGUAGUUUCAGAGGCGUACCUGAAGGCAGCGCUGUGUUGUAAGCGUGAAUGAGAAUGAAUGAUGUGCUGCAGCCCUGAAUCGUGGUCCAUACACGUGUAGAGUCAAUGAGGAGAGAUAGUUACAUGGCUCUGUAGUCGAACACAAUCAAUACUGUUUUCUGAAUUCCUUUUUUUGGCUGAAGAUUUUUUGCGAAGUGAUUUUUCUCUCGACGUUUUGUUUCGGAGGGCAACUCUGGCUGAAGAAUAUUUGACACCGGAGCAGAAUGAUGAAGUACAUCCUGGUAACUGGAGGAGUCAUCUCAGGUAUCGGCAAAGGGAUCAUAGCGAGCAGCGUGGGGACCAUCCUGAAGUCAUGUGGUCUGCAUGUAACUGCCAUCAAGAUCGACCCGUACAUCAACAUAGACGCAGGAACAUUUUCACCCUAUGAGCACGGAGAAGUGUUCGUGCUGGAUGAUGGAGGGGAGGUGGACUUGGAUCUGGGGAACUACGAACGCUUCCUUGAUAUCCGGCUGACCAAAGACAACAACCUGACCACAGGGAAGAUCUAUCAGUCCGUCAUAAACAAAGAGAGGAGGGGAGACUACCUGGGAAAGACUGUGCAGGUGGUGCCACACAUCACAGAUGCCAUCCAGGAGUGGGUUGUGAAGCAGGCCAAAGUGCCCGUUGAUGAAGAUGCAGAACCUCAAGUCUGUGUAAUAGAGUUAGGAGGCACUGUGGGAGACAUCGAGAGCAUGCCGUUCAUCGAGGCCUUCAGGCAGUUCCAGUUUAAAGUGAAGAGAGAGAACUUCUGUAACAUUCACGUCAGUCUGAUACCACAGCCGAGUGCAACGGGAGAACAGAAGACCAAACCAACACAGAACAGCGUCAGAGAGCUGAGAGGACUGGGACUGUCCCCGGAUCUGAUCAUGUGUCGCUGCUCCACGGCUCUGGAGAACUCGGUCAAAGAGAAGAUCUCAAUGUUCUGCCAUGUAGAACCUGAACAGGUCAUCUGUGUGCACGACGUCUCCUCCAUCUAUAGAGUACCGCUACUGCUGGAGAACCAGGGCGUGGUGGGGUACCUGAGCCGGAGACUCAACAUGCCCAUAGAGACCCGACCUCGAAGGAUGCUGACCAAGUGGAAGGAGAUGUCUGACAGGUCAGACAGGCUGCUGGAGAGCUGCUCCAUCGCUCUGGUGGGGAAGUACACUAAGUUUUCAGACUCCUAUGCUUCAGUCAUCAAAGCCCUGGAGCACUCAGCUCUGGCUAUCAGCCAUAAACUGGAGGUCAAGUAUAUAGACUCAGCCAAUCUGGAGCCCAGCACCCUGCAGGAGGAACCGGUGAAGUACCACGAAGCGUGGCAGAAGCUCUGCAGUGCAGAUGGCAUCCUGGUUCCUGGAGGUUUCGGUGUCCGAGGAACUGAAGGAAAGAUUCACGCCAUCAACUGGGCCAGAAAACAGAAGAAACCUUUUCUAGGUGUGUGUCUGGGAAUGCAGCUGGCUGUAUGUGAAUUUGCUAGGAACGUGCUUGACUGGAAAGAUGCCAACUCGACUGAAUUCCACCCAGAGUUAAAGCAUCCUGUGGUGAUCGAUAUGCCAGAACACAACCCCGGACAGAUGGGAGGUACCAUGAGACUCGGGAAGAGACGGACCAUUUUCAAGACAACCAAUAGUGUAUUACGCAGACUUUAUGGAGAUGCAGAGUAUGUGGAAGAGAGGCACAGACAUCGCUUUGAGGUCAAUCCUGAGCUCACCCGUCACUUCGAGGAGAAGGGCUUCCGCUUCGUAGGUCAGGACGUUGAAGGAGAAAGAAUGGAGGUCAUCGAGCUGGACGAUCACCCGUACUUUGUGGGAGUGCAGUACCACCCGGAGUUCACCUCUCGUCCCAUCAAGCCAUCACCUCCCUAUUUUGGUUUGCUGCUUGCUGCUGCAGGGAAGCUGCCAAGCUACUUACAGAAGGGCUGCCGUCUGUCUCCAAGGGAUACCUACAGUGAUCGGAGCGGCAGCAGCACCCCAGACUCUGAGAUAUCAGAACUGAAAUUACCCUCAAUCUCAAGUGAAUGACUCAGGUGUUUGGAAUAAAACCAUAGUUUUUUAAAAGUCUUUCAUUUUGAACGGUUACAUUUUUCCUGAAUGAAGAUGCAUCUUGUACUGGACUGUCAAUUGUUCACGGACACAAUCUGGUUCUGUUACUCAAACUCAUAUUACAGAUUUGUUUCUCUACAGUGUUGAAA